AUGCUGCAUGCCAAGAAUGUGCCUGGAAGGUUUUGGGCUGAAGCUAUGAGAACCGCAGCUCAUGUGAUCAACAAACUUCCUCAACCAAGGUGCUACACAUCACAUGAUGUGGUGUUUGAUGAAGCAUCAUCGCGGUGGUCCCCAAAAAAGGAGGUGUUACCAUACUCGAGAGAAAUUGAAGAUAAGCUUCAACAAAAGAUGGGGGAGCAAAUUGUUCCAAUCCAACCGAGUUCAAAUGAGCAUGAAGAUUCCCUUGAUGGUGACGAUGACGAGCAAGAAGUUAUUCAAAAUCCUUGGCAAACUAGUGUGCAUCAACAAACACUAGAAGAAGUUAGACCAAGUGAAGUGGAAUUACAGACUCCAUAG